GGCGUGGCCACAUAUGUAAGUGGGCGGAGCCUCCCCCAGCACGGAGACCCGCAGAGACGUGCGCGGUGGGCUGGCCACGUUACAUUGCCCACGUGUGCGUCAGGGCCAACGGGCUAUGGUGUGGUAUGGGCGCCUCUGCCAAGAUAUAACAACAGCACUCAGGCGCAAUGGCAGAAUGCGAUCAACAUCUCGCGCAAGAUAAACCCGCGGCGGACAACAACGCCGACGAUGACCACGAUCUUCCCGCCGGCACUGCCGCGGUCCACGUCAACGGAGGCGGCCACCACGAUGGCGCGGAAGGCGCCAUCGACGCCGACGAGGACCUCGACCUGGAGAUCGACAACGGAGACCAUGAGGACCUGGGCUGCGGCUCCGCGACCGCGAUGGAGAGCAACCCAUUUGAUGGGCUGCCCUUCUCGUCGCGCUACUACGCGCUGCUGAAGGCGAGGCGAGCGCUGCCCGUGUGGGGCGCCCGCGAGAUGUUCCGAGAGCGCAUCGCGAGCUACCCCGUCAUACUCGUGUCCGGGGAGCCCGGCGUCGGCAAGAGCACACAGAUCCCGCAGUGGUGCGCGGAGUUUGCACUGUCGCGGGAAUGCGAGCAUGGCACGGUGGUGUGCGCGCAACCACACGCCAUGGCCGCCACCAGCUUGGCGGUGCGCGUCGCCGACGAGAUGGACCUUAACGUCGGCCACGAGGUUGGCUACUCGGUGCCUUUCGAGGACUGCUGCACGACGGACACGAUCCUGAGGUUCACGACGGACGAGAUGCUGCUGCGGGAGCUCACGUCGGACCCCCAGCUGGAUCGCUACGGCGCCAUCGUGCUGGACGAGGUACAGGAGCGAUCUCUGUCCACCGACGUGCUCAUGGGCCUGCUGCGGGACGUCGGCCGCCAGCGACCGGGCCUGCGGGUGGUGCUCGUGGCCACGCCGUGCGCCGCCGAGGCCCUGCACCGCUACUACGGGGACGUGCCGUGGAUACGGCUCGACCCGCCGGUGCCGUCCUCUACCUCCUGCUCCUCCGCCGACAGGAGCGGCGGCGGCGGCGAUGACCACGCCUGUUCUGCAGGAGAAGUGGUGGGUCAGCAGGGACAGUUGGUGUACACUGGCGUAGAGACGGAGCAGAGGGACGUGGUGCGAGCAGCCGUUAAGCUGGUGUUGGAAAUCCAUCGUGCAGCUCAGCCGGGAGACGUGUUGGUGUUCCUGCCCUCUGACAAGGACGCGAGCACGGCGUACGAGCAGGCGCGCCGCGAGGCCCGCCAGCUGUCGCCGGCGCUGGGGGAACUGCGGCUGGUGCCGCUGCUGCCGGGACACCCGGGCGGCGCGGGCGCCCUCUACGACGCGGGAGGCGCCGCGGCGACUGCGAAGGGGCGCGGGGGCGGCGGCGGCGGCGGCGGCGGCGCUAGCGGCGGCGGCGGCUUCCUGGGCGUGCGGGGCCGGCGGCGCAGGGUGGUGCUGUCCAGCGGCAUUGCCGAGUCGGCGUUCUCCUUCGAAGGCGUUCGCUUUGUCAUUGACUCGGGAUUGGAGACCAAAAAUGUGUACAACCCCAGGAUCCGCGCCGACUCGCAGGUCGUCCGUCCUAUCAGCAGAAGCCAAGCGGAGAUGAGGAGGAAGCGAGCCGCGGGAGCAGGCAAGUGCUUCCGCCUGUAUCCAGAGUCGGUCUUCAAGGAGAUGCCCGAGCUUCCUCCGCCACGCGUCCUGGAGUCUAACCUCACCCGACUGGUUUUGCUGCUGAAGAGGCUGGACAUAGCGGACAUGGGCCAGUGCGACUUUGUUGAUCGCCCAGCCCCGGAGGCGCUCAUGCAGGCCCUGGAAGACCUGGACUACCUGGCGGCGCUGGAUAACGAUGGGAACCUGUCGGAGGUCGGCAUCAUCAUGUCGGAGAUCCCACUGGACCCGCAGCUGGCAAAGGCACUGCUGGCCAGCUGCGAGUUUGACUGCGUCACGGAAAUGCUCACCCUGGCCGCCAUGCUCACAGCCGGCCCUUGCUUUACGGCGCCCCCCGCAGGCGCAGAGGCGAAGGCGCACGCUGCUCACAUCCGACAUUUUCACACCGAGGGGGACCAUUUCACCCUCAUCAACAUCUACAACGCCUUCAAAGCCGCGAACGAAGAUGAGCGCUGGUGCCAGGAAAACCACAUGAGCUCCGUGGUGCUGAAGCAGGCCGAUGCCAUCCGGGCCGAGCUGCUGGACAUCCUGCAGAGGAUCGAGCUGCCCAUCUCGGCGGCCAACUUUGGCUCGGAACACAACACCGCCAGUAUUAGAAUGGCCCUCCUGUCCGGGUACUUCAUGCAGGUUGCCCGGGACGUUGACGGCGCGGGACACUACCUGAUGCUGACGCACAAGCACGUGGCGCAGCUGCACCAGCUGAGCUGCUACCGCGAGCUGGCGCCGGGCGCGCGCCCGCCGGCCUGGGUGGUGUACCACGCCUUCACUGUCUCCGAGGACAACUGCCUGAACAUCGCCACCGAGAUCUCGCCGGACAUGAUGGUGCAGCUCGCUCCCCAGUACUACAUGAGCAACUUGCCGGCCAGCGAGAGCCGUGACAUUCUGCAGGAGGUGGUGGCGAGGCUGGCGGUUGCCAGGAACGGGGCGGAGGGGAACGCCGGGCUCCCGGAUGACGAGGACGUGGCGACGGGGAAGGCCAGGUCCCGGGAAACCGGACGCGGCGCCUUGGAGCACCAGGACGAGGAGAUGUGUGUCCUGCAGUGAUGGGAAGCGACGUCACGGCGGUGGGGAGUUAGUUCUUGGGGGGGGGGUGGGGGGGUCAACGUAUUUGUUUUUCUCUCUCUCCACUCGAAUAUGUACACGUAUGUUUUUUGUCUUUUUCCCUCGGUUCUAUUUCAGCUGCGCUAUCGGCUUUGUCUGCCAUGCGACGAAGAUGUCCGUGUGUGACUCGCAAAGCAAGUGCAUCCGGGUGUUGUUGUUAGAGAAUGGCCCGUGGAAGGAGGUGUCACAGAACUGCCUUUGAAGGCUCUUCAAGUGAUGUAUUUGAUUUCCCAGUCUGGGCGCUGCACUUUCCCACGCACCCUGAUACAGAGAAAUGUUCAUCGCAUGGCAUUCAAACUGAUGACGUUCAUUCUCCGAGCUGGAAUUUGGCCAGAUUAAGUAUGCAACCAAACGUAUCUUUUGCUGGUGUUUUCAUUCCACAGUCAUUAAUGAGUGGGCUGAGACCAUAAAUUCACUACCCUCGAGAACCUGGUUUAAUCACAGUGUCUGAAACCCAGAAUCAACUCCAGGUUCAAUGAUCUGAUCCUUGACCUGUCUGGCCACCUGAGGGUCAAUAUGUUAAGUAUUCUUUUUACCCUUCUCAAGUUCCAUCUUUUGGGAGUUCAAGUGUGCAGGAAACAUUUUGGUAUUUCCAAAAGUUAUUUCCCCCCCAUAGCGAAGAAAGCAUUGUUAUUUGGUGUGAAAGAGAAGGCUCGAAAAACGCUUAAUUCAAUGUUUAAACAAGGCUUUAUUGAGGUUUGUUUAAAUUCGAGUCAUAAUUUGCCGUGACUUUUGCACGUCAUUUCAAGUCAAUUUCAAAUGCAAAUUAACCUUAUGAUUUAUACCCCACGGUGGUGGGAUUUUUAACUAGUUCCCCUGGUAUACAGGAAUUCGUGGGUUCGAUCCUGACCCUGACGCCUGCUGUCCAUUUGGAGUUUGCAUGUUCUACCCGUGGUCGCAUACAUUUUUUCUCCAGGUCCUCUGGUUUUUUUUCUCCACAAUUAGAAAAUUGUGUUUUGAGUAUUUGGCCGCUAUAAAUGUCCACAUGAUACGCCACUUUUGUGAGCAAUCAUUUAUUGGCCAGGUCAUUUCUGAAAAAUAACUAUAUAACUCAGUGAGCCUUACCUGGGAAAAUAAAAAUAAUUAUAAUGAAGGUCACACACUCUAAAAUAAGUGGCCUUUAUUACUCGCCUAUGCACUCAAGCUUACAUGACGCUGUACGAUUUUUUAAACAGAGAGCAUUAGGGACACAUGGGCAGGUGCCGCGUUGAACUUGGUACCUGUGCUGGUGCUUAGUUAUAUUCCUUUCCCACUGUACAAUUGAGUCAUGCCGGAGCAGUGCUGAGGAGGCAUCAGGUUGAUUUUCCACUGCAGAAGCCAAGCCGUUCUGCUGACAUCACACGCGAUGAACGAGUCGGCGCUUAUAAGCGACGCAGUGACAUUGCCCUCACAGGGCAAUGACUGAUGCCACGGACGAUUGUCCCGCUUUGUUUGACCCUAAGCUACUAGAUUCAGUUGCCUCAUGAGACUGGAGUAUAGCGGUUUGGUUCAGGCUUGGUACGGCAAAUAGCCAGUGGAAAACAACCCGUGCUGUGAGAGCCCCAUGCUAGCUCGGCUCGGAUGUGCCAAUGGAAAAGGGGUGUUAAAUGUAUAUAUGACAAAUCCAGGAUUUACUUUCUGCAUUGUGACAUUGCGGCAGUGGAUAGAUUAAUGGCUGUGUUUCAACUCGGCGAUGAGGCUGAAUGUUUAAUGCCCUUUUUUUAAUUAAUUCACCCCUGUUACUGUAUUUCAAACAUUGUCCAUCAAGGUGUCCACAUCAAUCAGUUUUCUGCAUCAACCCAUGUAGGGUUUACCGGCCACCGAAAUGUGACCUUGGUCACACGAUGUCAUGGAUCGCGUGCAACAUGGUUGCAUCGGUGGCUGUACCAAAACCGCCCGUAGCUGUGCACUUCUUGAAUAUUCUGAGAAUGUUAGAGAGCAGAGCUGAAUUAUUGACGUCUACUUUUAUAUUGAAUGCAUAAAGUUAACGAGGACAGCUGUUUAAAAUCUCUUCGAUGUUUACACGAAACGUUGGUACAAAAUUUCGGGUAGCUCCUUGCUAAGCAUUAUAAUUGUGCAACACUCCACAUCCCGUGGUUUGAAUAGUUAAACAUCUAUAUUGCAUGCAUGAGAGGAAUAAUGGUAAGUUAUUUGAUAACAGCAUCAGCGUAUAUUUAUAGUUAAUUCUGGGGAGGUUCUUGCACACAAAGCGAAUAGCUUGUACGGUGAUUUUUUUGGGAGCAAGUCUGUAUAUAUAUGGAAAUUGUAGAUAAUUUAUCUUGCAAAUGUAUAUCUUGGCACAGGAUGAGUAAAUUCUGUUUUUGAACAUUCUGUGUUUGGUAGAGCAUUGUAAAUUGGAAUGCAUUGCUACAUUCGCGUAUGUGUAACGCACGUCAUGUGGUUCUGUGGUAGCAUAAGACAAUAUUAAAUAGUGCCAAAGUUGGAAUCGGCGAGCAAGUGGCUUCCUAGUCCACUUUCAUGCUUUAUCUUUUAUUUUGUGGAUUUAUUUUAGGUCCAGCCUACCUACUCUGGCUGUUCCACCAUAUGUAGCUUCCAUUUCAUGUCAAAAUGUGUUGCCACGUGGUGCCAAAAAUGCACUUAAGAACGUGCAUGACCUUGAUUAAUAGUGAUGAGGAAUGUCAUUCAAUAAGUGAAUCGGCGCAAAAGUACAACGCCCUUGAUACAAAAGGGUUCACUGCUGUGACGCAGUGGUUAGCGCACCGGCAACCGCUCUAUGAUUCCUGGCUAUGGCUUACAUUGGUGGCGAGUGAUAUCUGAACUGGUUCUGAGCCUCCCUGCCCCCUUCAUCGACUCGCGCUGACCAACGCAGUGAAGUACGGGUCAGACAGUGCCCAUAACCGCCACGAUGUGUGGAGGGGCCUUCAUCCAGCAGUGGAUUGACAAAGCUGAGAACAUUAUUUAUUAGUGCACAGCAGCUUUAUGUACACUUGUGUACAGGAAUUAAUUUAUUUUCAAAUUGAAUAAGAUCGCAAAAUUCAACGUUCUCAAAGUGCAUAUAUUACAUUUAAAAACGCUUAAAACCGCCAUUAUAAACUUUUAAAUGUUUUGCACAUAGGUACAAAUGGGUAAUUGAAUUGGUUGAAUCCCCUUUCCUCAGGAAAAAAUGUGGGUUUAUUAUUUUGUUAUGAUUGGUGGAAUAAGAUGAUACGUAAUGUCUUUUCAUUAUUAUUUUUCCGUGAACAAAAUAUUUGAAUUACUGUUGUAUUUUGCACCUCAGAAAAAGGCUAACGUUGAUUGUUGCAUUUUUUUGUAAUGAUGCAAAUGUAUUGAAAAUUGAGCUCUUUUUUUCUUAAGCCUCGCACACACAACUGUUUCCUAGUGUACGCUUGAUGUGUCUUUCUUUCCAGAGGUAAGGAAAUUUGUUUCUCUGAGUAGACACGGGGCCAGAGUACAGAACUACUUAAGACGUCGCAGCAAUAUCGUAACUUCAUUUUAAGAUAAUAUUUGCCGUAUCUCCAAGUAUAUAAGAGGGUUUACAAUGCUGGGCUUUAUAAACUUGAGAAAUAUGUGUGGUCAGCACUACUCGUAAGUAGAUUUUUACCGAUAAUAGAGCAACGUUAAUGACGUGAAUAAUAUUACGCGAAUCACAUUAAUUAAUACGAUCAACAUUAAUAACAAUAUACACUACUUACCUCUGCACAGACCAGCUAAAACGGGGCACGGUGUCAUGCCGGCCAUGUUGUAGGGGUUGCGUUCCCGGCUGGUCCAGUGGAAAGUAAUGACAAUCCCGAGUAAUAUAUCUUGCGAGUGAGAGUUACAAUUUCACAAUGAUUCCCAUAUUUACUUUGACAUGCAUUCCGUUUUCCACUUACGACAUUGCAGCCUGCCAUACGUAAGGUACAUCUUUAAUAUAUUUUUCUUUGUUCUGGCCCCCUGUGUUCUACUUUCAGAACCAAUCAAGAUAGACUGAAUACAAGUCAUAGAUCAUGUAAACUGCUUUAAAAAAAUUCUCAGCAAUGUUUCUGUAUUUUUUGUGUGUAGUUGUUUCCUAGUAAAAUGCCUUGCUUAACAUGCAGCGUAUGUUUGCCGAUUGACAGAAAUGGUCAUGCCAUUAAAUGUCUAAAAGGAAGGCCGAUGGCAAUUCACUUUUGAAUGUUUGCAGCGCGAUUGCAUUUUUUUCAGUUUUACCAAAUUGUUUAAAGCUUCGAUGUUUAAUGCAUCCUCUGUUUCACUCGUGUUGUUCAGGCAUGAAGUUUUGUUUUCCUUCAUGCAACGCGGAGUUCACAUGUUGCAUCUGUGCACUUUUCUGUAAUUCUGUAUUCGGAAUUGUGUGCGUGUAUAUAUGAAGGGGGGAAACCUCGUUUGAGGAGUUGUGCUUCAUCACCAGCAUUGAUGUGGCCGAGACACUUGAAAUAGAGAAUUUGGAGAUAAAGUUUUGCUCGAAUUGUUCCAAUUGUCCUCGAAUAUUUAGCACUAAUUAUAGAGGUGAUGGUUUUAUUUCUUCGACAACAGGUUAAGCUAUUUUAAGUUGGUAAUUUUUUUUAAGUUUGAGUUUAUGAACACUGAUAUUAAAGUCCGUUUCAACUGAUACGGUAACUUGGGUGUGAAUUUUUUUUUCACCUUUUUGAUUGUGUAAUCACAAUACUAUUUACAUAUAUAUAAAAGACAAAGUUGUGAA